CCACAGCACAGAGGAUGGGGAGGGGCAGGGUUUGUUGAGUGUCCCAACCCUGUUUGUCCCGCCCCCUGUGUCAACACGAGGCUGGCCUUAUAAAGCACCAAGAGGCCCCCGGUGGGACGUUUCCUCAGCCACGCCAGCAGCAGGAGGAAGGUGGGUCCAAAUCCAGCACCAUGACGGAACUGGAGACAGCCAUGGGCAUGAUCAUCGACGUCUUUGCCCGGUACUCAGGCGAUGACGGCAGCACACAGAGCCUGACCAAGGCAGAGCUGAAGGUGCUAAUGGAGAAGGAGCUCCCGGGCUUCCUGCAGAGCGGAAAGGACAAAGAUGCUGUGGACAAACUGCUCAAGGACCUGGACGCCAAUGGAGAUGCAGAGGUGGACUUCAACGAGUUUGUCGUGUUUGUAGCUGCCCUCACGUCUGCCUGUCACAAGUACUUUGAGCAGGCAAGACCCAAAUGACGCCCUGGGGAUGCAGAGUCCUAGCAGGCAGGCCUGGGAGUGGGUCCCUGGCUUCCGCAAAGCCCUUGUUUGUGAUCACUUCCCUGGGCUGAGCCUGCCACUGUACCUCUCAUUAAUAAAUACUCAUGAAAUGA